AUGAAUGAAUCCCCUCCGGCUGUUGAUUCUGAUGAUGAGGCGACAAGCAGCUCAGAAGAGCCCCAGGCCGGUGACGGCAGCAACGAGAGCUACGCUGCUCACGGCAACUACCAUUCCGGAGACUAUAGCCACGGGGAGGCCCCAUCACCAUACCACUCCUACCCUAACUACCUAUACGAGUCCAGCGAGAACCCAAUUAGCCGCGGCACGGCCGCAAUACCUCCUUCCUCCGUACACACCACCUCUUCCACAACUCAGGACGUUACCUUCGACGUCGCGAUCUUCUGCGCUCUCCCACUCGAGGCCGAUGCGGUCGAGACCCUGUUCGACAAUAGAUGGGACGCUGAGGGUGGGACGGGCCGGUACAGCAAGGCGUAUCGGGAUCCGAAUUCAUACUCGAUGGGGCCCAUGGGGACCCACAACGUGGUUUUGGUGCAUAUGCCUGGGAUGGGCAAGAGCCACGGGGCAGCCGCCGCUGCGUGGUGCCGAGCGAGCUUUCCCACAAUCAAACUCGCCCUUGUCGUGGGCAUUUGUGGAGGCGCGCCCACUGCACCGGACGGGAAGGUAAUCCGGUAUGGGGAUGUGGUUGUCAGCAGUGCUCUUGUGCAAUAUGACUUUGGGCGGAUGCAUGGGGAUGGCUUUGUGCGUAAGGACACGCUGCUGGACAACCUCGGCCGACCGGGCAUGGAGAUUCGAAGCUUGCUUGCUCGAUUGGAUGGACGGUGGGGUCAGAAACGACUCGGUGACAAGAUUCGCCGGCACGUUGGCGUUCUGGUGCAGGAGCUGGGAAGAGAUUAUGUGUACCCUCCAGGUCACGGCGUCGGAGAGCCCACGAUCCAUAUCGGGCUGGUGGCCUCUGGAGAUCAAGUGAUGAGAUCUGAAGAGGUCCGUGACAGACUCAUUGAGAAAGAGGGGGUUAUUGCGUUUGAGAUGGAGGGCGCGGGUAUCUGGGAUACGUUCCCCUGCCUGGUCAUCAAGGGGGUGGCCGACUACGCUGAUGCUUACAAGAACAAAAACUGGCAAAACUACGCGGCGGCCACUGCUGCUGCUUGUGCAAAGGGCUUUUUGGAACUUUGGUCAUGA